AUGCGCUUCCUAAUACUUCUUUCGAUCUUCGCCGUUGCCAUCAGAGGCCAGGAUGACAAGCUAGAGGGUACAUGGUCAUCAAAGUCUAACCAAGUUUUCACUGGUCCAGGAUUUUAUGAUCCUGUCGAGGAACUCUUAAUAGAACCGGCAUUACCUGGGAUCUCAUAUUCAUUUACUGCGGAUGGUCACUUUGAAGAGGCGUUGUACCAGGUUUCUGGAAACCCUCAAGACCCUGGUUGCCCGGUAGCUGUUUUAAUCUACCAGCAUGGUACUUAUGAAGUAUUACAGAACGGUUCUUUGGUUUUAACACCUUUUGAGGUGGACGGAAGACAACUUCUCAGCCAGCCUUGCGAUGAUAAAGGUAUAUCUACAUACACCCGUUACAGCCAAAAAGAAGUGUUCAAGAGCUACCUGGUCCAAAUAGACGAAUACUAUGGCAAGCAGUCUCUACAACUAUACGGGAGUGACGGUAGUCCACUACAACCUUUGUAUUUGGCUUAUAAGCCACCAAUGAUGCUUCCUACCAUAACAUUGAAUCCAACAGACGGAUCUGAAGCAGCGCCAACCGGGAAAUCAAAGAGAGACACUAUACAACAGGUAAAAAGAAGUAUUGAAAACAGACACAAAACUAAUGCCGUAAAAAAGACCGCUCCUAACGUAGAGAAGUACUGGUGGGGAUCAGUGGCUCUAAUUGGUGUUGGAACAAUCGCCUUCUUCCUGUCUUAG